AUGGCGCUCUCCCUUGCUGGACGGAAAGCUUUGGUGUUCGGAGGCACCUCUGGGAUUGGCUUGGCCACCUGCGAGGCCCUGCUCGCCAGUGGAGCAACGGUGGUGGGAUUCUCCCGGAACCCUGAGAAAGACGGGCUCCCAAAGGAGCUUUUGGCCGAGAGUUGCGAUGUUCGUGACCGCGAGAAGCUUUCGGAGGUGUUUGCUAAGCAUGCCCCAUUCGAUAUCCUGGUCAGUGCCGCCACCGGAGGGGAAAGAGCGAUCGGACCGUUCCUGUCUAUGGACCUGGAUGGAUUCCAGAACUCCUUCGACAAGCUCUGGGGCUAUGCCAAUGUGGUUCGUCUGGGAGCGGAGCACAUGACUGAGAAGGGCUCCAUCGUCCUCGUCUCGGGCGCUCCGGCGAGGAGGUGCAAGCCCGGGCAGAUUUCCCUCAGCUGCGUUGGAGCUGCUGUGGAGAAUCUCGUGCGGGCUGUGGCUCCGGAGAUUGUUCCACGGAGGAUCAACGUCGUCUCCCCAGGCUUGGUUGAGACUCCCAUGUUUGGACCCGACUCGGAAGAGAGACAUGCGAAGCUUGCAAAAAUGAGCUCUGGGAAUCCAAUUCCUCGAGCCGGGAAGCCUGAGGAGGUGGCGCAGGCGAUCAUGUUUCUGCUUACGAACGAGUUUGUCACUGGGACCACGGUGGAUGUGGACGGUGGCUGGCUUUGUGCCAACAAGUGA